GCAGGUGCUCUUUGCAAUGGGGAAAUGGCCAGGCUGGGGGUCAGGGACAGGCGUGUCCCCAAAGGUGUGUGGCUUCAGGGGACCCCUGAGGUGCUCUGCUGGGAUGUGGGCAGGAAGGAGAAGCAAAAGGAUGGGGAUCGAGGAACGUUUGGAUUUUGAGUUGAGGGACGUGGUUUAGUGUUGGUGAUGGGUGGAUGGUUGGACUGGAUGAUCUUGAAGGUCUUUUCCAACCUUGGUGAUUCUGUGGAUGGCCUUCCCCAGGGGCUCCCCCAGGCGGCUUUGUUGGCCUCUGGUAGGGAAGCAGGGGUCCCAUCCUUGCUGCGGCUCCCUCUGAUUUUCUGCAGCGAUGGCGUAAAGGACUGCCACCUUUAUCCACACUGGCUGUAGACCAAGCAGUCCAUGCUGGGCUGCACCCUCCCCCAGGGGGCCUCUGCCCUGUGGUGGCACCAGCUCUGCUGACUGGGUGGACUGGAGCUUUUAACGAGCUUGAGAAGCACUUGUAAAAAGUCCCAGGUGAAAGGUAAAGCAUUGUGCAGAAGUAGGAGGCAGGGCCUCUGAACGAGAUGUGAUUUUCUUUCACCUCCCACUUCCCUCUUUUGUUUUUUAUUUCCAACCUGCUGUGUUUUUUCCCUCUUUGUUGGCCACCUCCAAGGGCUGUCAUCACAAGCAACAAGGAUCCUGCUUUUGCAUCCAACUGUUUUGACCUCUCCUUUUUUUUGUGGUCAAAAUGCCUCCUGGCCUUAUUAUACUUUCAAAGGUUUCUGUGUGCUGACUCCACCUCAGAUAAUGCUUACCUGCCUGAUUUGUUUAUGGGACUCCAGCUUAUUUACACAAGGCAAUGAAUUAGGCCUCACAAAAUAUUUACGAGGUAGGAGUGUUGUGCUGUAGUGCCCCUGGAUGGGAAAUCAGGGCACAGAGAGGCUCAGUGGCUGAAGGUGCAGCUUGGAGCAGAGAGCAGACCAACCCUGUGCAGUGAUGCUCACAGCAUCUGCUGGCCAUCAGCUGCAUUGUGUCUUGGAACUUCAAACCCAGUGUGGUUUCCUCCUUCCAGGCAGCCUUGGCCUUCUUACCUCCAGCAGCUGGGCCAGGAGGCCUCGUGCUCACUCACAUGCUAGGACAGCCCUGUGUGAGGGGCUGAAGAUUUACAGUGCAGGAGGACUGAAGGUGCAAGUUGGUCACCCUCGUACAUCAGCCCAUGUUGUACUUCUAGUUUUUGGUCUGAGAAGUCUCACUGUGUAAACUCCUUGCUGCCUUCAGGAGAAUCCUUUUCCCUGGCUGACAGAAACAUGUCGGGUGUGAGUUUUCCUUGUGACUUAUCAUCCAAAACUGCAGGAGGAAGCUUUCAGGAUUGAUGUGCUGGCAGCUCCCUCUGCACCCUGCUGAGCUGGUGCAAGCAGUGCAUUGUGCACACUGUGCUGGGCAUGCCCUGGCACUUGCCUGCCAGCUGCACAAGGUGAGCUGGUGAUUUAGUCUUAGUGCUCAGAUCUCUGGCAGCAGCAGUGAGCGCUCUGCCCUGUGCUGGGGGCAAGCCCAGGGUGUGAUUUGUGCACUCUGUACAUGAUUCAUAUGUUGGUUAACACUGUCAACUUUGUUACCGAGUUGGGGAUGGGUUUUACUGCUGGUGGAAAUGAAGUAAGCCAGCUCCUGAUGUGCCAGUGGGGAUGUAAUAACUUUAUUACCUUUUCUCAUCAGGAAGUUAAUGAAGAACAUUGUCUUGAUGUUUGGUGGGAAAAACCACCUUCUGUUUUUGGGGUGGGAUUUGAAGCCUGCUGCAGCCACAGCAUUCUGCUAUGACUGUGGAGCUGUGGUGGGUGCUUGACAGCCCUGCUGGAGCAGAGGGCUUGGCUGCAGGACCUGUGCCCUCCCCUUGGUGACAUCUGCAUGUGUGCAGCGCCACUGUGCCACAGCCUCUCCCUGCAGAGCAGAGGUGAUCGCUUGCUUUGAAGGGGCUGAUCUUUGUAUUAUCUGUACUUUUAUAUUACUGCUAGGAAGAGAGAUUGUGUUGGGACUGACGCUCUGCUCCAAGGGACGGGGAUUAUUCUCCAGGCUUGUGCCCUCCCCUGGAUGUGCCUGGUGCUGAUCAGCCUGCUCCAUGCCCACCCUGUAAGCCUCUCCAAGAGCACAACAAAUUGUUGCUUUGGCUUUUGGGACAGAUUUGCUUCUUCCUUGGCGUCGUCAUGGCUAUCUGUAACUCCUGGUGCCUGUUGGAGCUGGGAGAUCACUCUGGUCCCCAGCUCUCCAUGCUGACAUGGUAACGGAACGGCGGCUCUCAGCGGCGGGCAGGCAGGGACAGCUGCAGAGAGGUUUUGCAGCACAUCAGAUAUGUCUUGGAGCCCCUGGAGCCAGAGGUAUCUUUGCAGCUUCUGGAAGACGAAUUGAAAAGGAAGAGCAGCCCCUCCUGCAGGUCCUGCCCUCCAAAAAAACCCAGCACUAGUGAGAAAGCAGGAAGUUCCUUUUGGAGUGCAUUGACCUGGUUCUGGGGACAGCUGUGAUGCAAAAAGAGAAGAAUCCAGCUAGUACAACUGGCAGGGUCCAUCUCGGAUAGAUGCGGAUGAUGCCAGAGCUAUGACAGGGAUUGCAGUCCUGGCACUGAGGGGUGAUCAGUUAUGGAACAACUACAGGAGGAAGUACCUGAGGUCAGGGAAGAGGAGGAGGAAGAGGAAGAGGCAGUGACAGUGCCUAGCGGAGCCUCGGACCCAAGUGUAGGACCAGACAGCUCACUGCCCUCGAGCAGCUACACCGACCUUUCACAGAGCUCCUCUCCCUCCCUGUCAGACCAACUGCAGAUGGGCUGUGAGGAGACGGCCUCGGGGGCGCUGAACGUGGAGUGCAGAGUCUGUGGAGACAAAGCCUCGGGCUUCCACUAUGGUGUGCACGCCUGCGAGGGCUGCAAGGGUUUCUUCCGCCGGACGAUCCGCAUGAAGCUGGAAUAUGAAAAGUGUGAGAGAAGCUGCAAGAUUCAGAAGAAGAACCGGAAUAAGUGCCAGUACUGCCGCUUCCAGAAAUGCCUCUCGUUGGGCAUGUCACAUAAUGCGAUCCGCUUUGGCCGCAUGCCGGAGGCAGAGAAGAGGAAGCUGGUAGCUGGGCUGACGGCAAGUGAGAUCAGCUGCCAGAACCCACAGGUGGCCGACCUGAAAGCUUUCUCCAAGCACAUCUACCACGCCUACCUGAAAAAUUUCAACAUGACCAAAAAGAAAGCGAGAGGUAUCUUGACCGGGAAGGCCAGCAGCACCCCACAGCCUUUUGUGAUCCAUGACAUGGACACCCUGUGGCAAGCAGAAAAGGGGCUGGUCUGGAAACAGCUGGUGAAUGGGAUCCCCCCCUACAAGGAGAUUGGCGUGCACGUCUUCUACCGCUGCCAGUGCACCACUGUAGAAACUGUGCGGGAGCUCACCGAGUUCGCCAAGAGCAUCCCCAGCUUCAUAGGCCUCUACUUGAAUGACCAAGUGACUCUGCUGAAGUAUGGGGUGCACGAGGCCAUCUUUGCCAUGCUGGCCUCUAUCAUGAACAAGGAUGGGCUGCUGGUGGCCAACGGGAAUGGCUUCGUGACCCGCGAGUUCCUGCGUAGCUUGCGCAAGCCCUUCAACGAGAUCAUGGAGCCCAAGUUUGAGUUUGCUGUGAAGUUCAACGCACUGGAGCUGGAUGACAGCGACCUGUCUCUGUUUGUGGCUGCCAUUAUCCUGUGCGGAGACCGUCCCGGCCUGAUGAACGUGAAGCAGGUGGAGGAGAUCCAAGACAACAUCCUCCGAGCGCUGGAGUUCCACCUGCAGUCCAACCACCCGGACGCCCAGUACCUCUUCCCCAAGCUGCUGCAGAAGAUGGCUGACCUGCGGCAGCUGGUGACAGAGCAUGCCCAGCUGGUGCAGAAGAUCAAGAAGACAGAGACAGAGACCUCCCUGCACCCUCUCCUGCAGGAGAUCUACAAGGACAUGUACUAAGGACCUCUUAUUUAUGAGAAUGAAGCCAUGGAUUCCAAGCGAGACUCUUUGUACAAAAACAAAGAAAACCUUUCCCCAUGUCUUCCAUUUCUUCUACUGGAAACUCUUUUCUACACGACUCCAAUGUACGGUACAUAGGGCAAGGCACCGGAAGGUUUUGCAGUCACCUCCUGGUAGCUUGGGACUUCCAUUGACACACUAAUGAAUUUACUAAGGCAAAUCAUAA